GACAGCAUUCCAGUCACGGUGUUUGGAGCGGCUCGGGGAGGCGGCACAUUCCUGCGUAGGCGCGGUGGACUUUCCCGAACCGGACGUUGCUUCGUGUGGGCUGGAAAAAAAGGCGUUUAAAGUCAGCGGGAGCUAAUGAAGCUGCUGGUGCGCCACGGCAGCUGUUAGCCGCUGUCAGCAGGUGCAGAGCCGAGGGAGGGGGAAAAUGGCCCGGGAAAAGAAAUCUGAACCUGUACCUGCUCGUCUUCAGGGAGUGUGACAGACUGAUUGGGGUUUGAUUUCAGUGUUUUUGGCCAUGGCCGGCUGCGGGCGGUGGUGCUACCGCACCUGCGUGUGCUGCCUGUCCGAGGAGGAGAAGAACACCAUUGCUGUGGACAAAGAGAUCAAGAGGAUCCUGAAGCAACAGAAGAAGAAGGAGAGGAGGGAGAUUAAAAUCCUUUUGCUGGGGACUGGGGAGAGUGGAAAAACCACCUUCAUCCGACAGAUGAGGAUCAUUCAUGGACGAGGCUUCUCAGAGGAGGAGAGGAAGGCUUUCGCCAAAUGCAUCUACCAGAAUAUCUUAACUGCCAUGACUGCAAUGACAGGAGCGAUGGCCAUGCUCAGAAUCCCCUACUCCAACCCACAGAACGAGAUUUACGCCAAGAGGCUGGAGGACGUAAGCAUAGUACAGGUCACCCAACUGGAACGGGGCCAUGUUGACGCAAUCCGCCGCCUCUGGGCAGACUCGGGAAUACGUGCCUGUUACAGCCGCCGCUGCGAGUACCAGCUCCUGGACUCUACAGAGUACUACAUGAAUAAUCUGGACCGCAUCACCUCCCAGGACUACAUCCCCACUGAACAGGACGUGCUGAGAGUUCGAUUCCCCACCACGGGCAUCCACGACUACUCCUUUACCGUCAAUACCAUCACACUAAGGAUUGUGGACGUCGGCGGUCAGAAGUCGGAGCGGCGGAAGUGGAUCCACUGCUUUGAAAAUGUCACCUCCCUCAUCUUCCUUGCGUCGCUCAGCGAGUAUGACCAAGUCCUGGAGGAGAAAGACACAACUAACCGCAUGCUGGAGAGUCUGGCUCUGUUCUACACCACCAUUCACUCCCAGUGGUUCCUCAACACCUCCAUCAUCCUCUUCCUCAACAAGACUGACAUCCUGACUGAUAAAAUCAAAACAUCAGACCUGCAGAAAUACUUCCCCAGUUUCACAGGCAGGAAACAUGACCCCGAAGAUGCUAUGAAGUUCAUCUGCAAGAUGUACGAGCAGCAGGCCGUCAACCACAACAACCGGGAGGCGUGGAAGACUCUGUACCCCCACUUCACCUGUGCCACGGACACCAACAACAUCCGCAGGGUCUUCAGCGACGUGAAGGACACAGUGCUGCUCAAGUCUCUAAGGGACUAUGGGAUCAUCUGAACUUUUACCAGGCAAUGAAAGCCAGGAGGAAAGAUGGUUCGUGUCUCUUUGUGGACCUUUUACUUGUAUGAGAGAAAGCCAAAAUGGGAUUUCUCUUUUCCACAUAAAAUUCCUUCUAAAGUGCGGAAGUCAGAACAUCAGGCUUGCUUAAUAUUUUUGUGCCCCUAGUCCUCCUCUCAUUCUUCAUUUUAAUUAAGACGCAAGUGGAGAUUGAAAGCACUUUAGUUUCAUCACCACGACUAUCUCAACUUUACUCUCAUCCUCUUCUUCUGUUCAGGAAGUAUUUGAAACACAUGACGAGGAGCCGGUAAACACUCUCGUUUCUCUCAGCUUGCAGCUUUUUUGCCCAAUUUGAUGUUUCUUUUUUUAAGAUGAAGAGGCGUUCGGGUCAUGCCGUGACUGAAUUGAUCCAUAAUUGAAGCGGGAGCAGAGAUGCUAUGAAGUGCUGUGCCGCCAUUAACAGAGUAAUGACUUUUACAAGUGGAGAUGGGGCCCACAUGAAUGCAACACCACUGUCACACAUUCUAAGUGCUUUAUGUGUAUCUUCCAGUCCCAUUCAGGUACCGUAGAAGCCAAUGCACACUCCAACGCAAACUGUAAACACAAAGCGUUACUGUUAUGAGCUGUAUGGGCAAUAUAGUUACAAACUACUGCACUCUUUAUUAUUAGAUAACCUGAAUGUGGGCGAUUGUUGUCACAGCACUGUCCUUCAUUGUUUCUGAAAAACACCCACCGGCGUGCCAAAAUCCCGAUUGAUUAUAGUUAUCUUUCACUGCCAGUAUUUCUUUCAUGUUAUCUGUAUUCAACACAUCUGUUCAGCACAGUCGCCGUCAUUUGAUGAGCAGAAAUCUGCAACUGCCACCUGUUGAGUCAGCGUACAAUGCCGUGACAGCACUACAGGACAACAGACUAACUUUUGACUUUAGUGGCCGUGAGAGUAAGUUGCUCUUAAAUGAUAUAAAUGUGGAAAGAAACUACAGACUAUAUGUUGGAGUGGAUCUGGACUGAAGUAAAAAUUGUAUAAACUGUAUAAACUCCAAAAGCCAGAUGAAGGAAAGUUUAAAAGUAUUGAGGUUUGUUUAGAUUCACUUUUUUUUCCAGUUUUUUUUAACUUCUCAGCUUCUCUUUUAACUAACAAACUUGCAGUUUUUUAGUCAAACACUAAUUAAAGUGUUCUGUAAAGCAGCUUCGCGUUGGGAAUCCAUCUGUCAGAGACUCUAAAUCCUGACUGGCUCCUAUUGUGCUCUUAUGAUGCAAAAAUAGCCAACUGUUUGCUCAAUUAUUUUGUCAGAGUGUCCAAAAACUCUGCUAAAGCUGGUUUAGGUACUUAAAGAGGACAUCUUGUACUUUGAUUCAAAAAUGUUCCCUCACAAGCUUCGUCGUGCCACUGGCAACAAAUUACCUCUACUUGCUGUCAAAUUGUUCAGACAAGGCCACAGACAUCCAUCAUUUCUGCGGUUUUUGUUCACUGGGUUUUUGGCAGAUGAAUGUAUUUAAGGAGUUAACAUUUUGCGCAAAGAACGGGAUGUGAAAUGCUAUUGUUGUUUUAGCCUCCAGAGCUGGCAGCUGCUGGAAGCUGGCCAGCAAAACAGAGUGGGCUCACUGAGAGGAGGAGUGCUCCAGAGUAAAGACAAAGACCUGAAAAAUAAAUGUCACGUCCCAUCUGAAUGCGUAUCAUUCAGUUUUUUCAAAAAUACAGCAGGACAUAGUCCUCUUAGCUUGACUUUUAAACGUCCAGUUCACAUACGGUAAGCUAGAGAAAAGCAGGUUUCUGUACUUGAAGUUGUCAAGCACCAGUUUCUUCCAACUCUGCUCGAUAUUUCUGUCAACUCCAAACACAAUUCAUGCUCUGUGUUAAAAUCAUCACCACUCAGAGAGCUGAUUGUUUUGUGAACUUAUUUUAUAAAGUUAAAGAUGGUAAAAGGUAAAAAAAAAACAAAAACAAAAACCUCAGCAGGUGAUGCCUCAUUUUGACAAAACUGUUCCUUUGUUGGCUUUUAUUUAUUAGCAAAAGCAACUUUCUGUUUUUAUAUUUUCACCUUGUAUAUUUUGAAAAAUUUGGAUUUGGGAGAAGCUAACAAAAUAUUCAGUAAUUUCACUACAUUAACAGUCAAUUUAUAAAAUUUAUAUAAUUUGCAUAAUUAAAACAUAAAGUAUUUUAUCCAAGCUGGUAAUUGUUGUCAUUGGAGAUACUUAUUUCUUAUAAUGUGUUAAUGGUUAUUGUGAUAGCAUGCCAUGUGUGUAUUCCACGAUUAUUGUGUUUCCACAACGGCGUUGUAAUCCAAACAUUUUACAUAAUUACAAAGAAGCAACCUCUGGGUCCGAAGAAGUUUAUCCAGCAUGCAAGUGCUUUAAACUGCAGUUCCUCUAACAGCCACUUGAGGCUCUAAAAGCAAGUAAAUGGUCAUAAAUCCGACCAAUAUAGGAUCUAUUUGACUGAUAUUUGCAAUUCAAAAGUGUGACAUUUCGCCCGGUAUUUUUUAGACACACAAAACAUACAGUAAACAGAUUUCCCUAGCACUUGUCAGGUUUAGUUAUUUAAACGCUGAAAAGGCAAAGUCCAGAAACCAAUGGAUGACCUCACUACGUCCUUCUUUUAUCUACAGUCUGUGAGAAUUACUGACACCAAACAAAGCUGCGUGGAAAAGAAUAUUAAACCAACCUUUUAUGAUAUUAAUCGUGUGUUUGAGUUCUGCUCAGUGAGCCUCAUUUUAUGCCAAGUUGAAAAUGCCAGUGACUUUAAUGAAUUUAACUGACUUUGAAGCUAAUAUCAGCUCACAGUGGUGGUGCCAGCUGCUUUUUUAUUGACUCUAUAUAAAGUGUUUUGAUCUUGACUCUGCUACAUUUUUCAGAUGUGGCAGCUAUAUUUUUACAUCUUUGAUGAUGCCCUCUAACAGAAAAGUGUAAUUCUACUGUACAUGAUACCUUUGUGUUUGAUUUCAUUGUAACUGCUGUAUUUUUUAAAACAUUGUUGACCAACAGGAUGUAAACUGUGUGUUUGAGCUACUGUGUGUGGUAGGUAACUAUUUUUCCGAAUUGGGAACCCUCUAAUUUGGUGACAGUGAAUUAUUUUAUGUAGAAUCUGGUGGAGGAAGUGGACGUUUUUAUAGUUAAUAUUAAAAAAAACCUCUAAACA